CGCACGGUGCCUCUAAGUCCUCAGCGUAGAUCCUUAGCCGCCGCCCCCACUGUGGCGCCGCAUCCGCCUCGCACCUUAUUUUAGAGGGUACCGGUGACAGCCGGGGCUUCGGGUGGUCGCGCAGCCUCGAGACGUCUCUGCCGAUCCGCCUUUCCGAGCUGCUGGCUCUUCUGGGUCCGGUCCCUCUGAGGGGAAAAUGGCGCCUGUGCCCCUAGGCGCGCGGGAGGAGCAGCUUCUGGGGUGUGGGUCGGGACCCCUUUCCCGGCUCCUCUUCCUCGCCCACGCGGUCCUCCUGCUGCCCGCAGUCCGGGCGGGCCUCUGCCCCGCGCCCUGCUCGUGCCGCAUCCCUGUGCUGGACUGCAGUCGCAGAAAGCUGCCCGCGCCCAGCUGGAGGGCGCUGUCGGGACCGCUGCCCCCCGACGCCACCAGCCUGGAUUUGAGUCAUAAUCGGUUGUCUAACUGGAACAUCAGCUUGGAAUCCCAAACAUUACAGGAAGUGAAAAUGAAUUACAAUGAACUAACAGAAAUACCAUAUUUUGGAGAACCUACACCUAAUAUUACUCUACUUUCAUUAGUUCAUAAUUUAAUCCCAGAAAUAAAUGCAGAGGCACUACAGUUUUACCCUGCUCUUGAGAGUUUAGACCUCAGUUCCAAUAUAAUAUCAGAAAUCAAGACAUCUUCAUUUCCUCGAAUGCAGCUUAAAUACCUGAACUUGAGUAACAACAGGAUAACCACCUUGGAGGCUGGUUGCUUCGAUAAUUUAUCCAGUUCCUUAUUAGUGGUCAAGUUAAACCGAAACCGCAUUAGCAUGAUUCCACCUAAGAUUUUCAAGCUUCCUCAUCUCCAGUUCUUGGAACUUAAAAGAAACAGGAUUAAAAUUGUGGAAGGUCUUACAUUCCAAGGGCUUGACUCCUUAAGAUCCUUGAAAAUGCAACGGAAUGGAAUUAGCAAACUUAAGGAUGGAGCAUUUUUUGGUUUGAACAACAUGGAGGAACUAGAACUAGAACACAACAACCUUACAGGAGUGAACAAGGGGUGGCUGUAUGGCUUGCGGAUGUUACAACAACUGUAUGUGAGCCAGAAUGCUAUUGAAAGAAUCAGUCCUGAUGCAUGGGAGUUCUGCCAAAGACUAUCUGAGCUUGAUUUGUCCUAUAACCAGCUGACCCGCCUUGAUGAAUCUGCCUUUGUGGGAUUGAGUUUACUGGAGAGAUUGAAUUUAGGAGAUAACAGAGUUACUCACAUUGCUGAUGGUGUAUUUAGGUUUCUUUCUAAUCUUCAGACAUUAGAUUUAAGAAACAAUGAAAUUUCAUGGGCCAUAGAAGAUGCUAGCGAAGCCUUUGCUGGACUCACAAGUCUCACUAAGUUAAUCUUACAAGGAAACCAGAUUAAGUCAAUUACAAAGAAAGCAUUCAUUGGUCUUGAAUCCCUUGAGUAUCUAGAUUUGAACAACAAUGCUAUAAUGUCUAUCCAAGAGAAUGCUUUUUCUCAGACUCACUUGAAAGAACUUAUCCUGAACACAAGCAGUUUGCUGUGUGAUUGUCAUUUGAAGUGGUUACUUCAAUGGCUGGUUGAUAACAACUUCCAUCAUUCUGUGAAUGUAAGCUGUGCACAUCCUGAGUGGCUUGCAGGGCAAAGCAUCCUGAAUGUGGACCUGAAAGACUUUGUCUGUGAUGAUUUUCUCAAGCCGCAGAUAAGGGCACAUCCUGAAACCACAGUUGCUCUAAGAGGCAUUAAUGUGACUCUCACGUGCACUUCAGUGAGCAGCAGUGAUUCACCCAUGUCCACUGUGUGGCGAAAAGACAGUGAAAUCCUGUGUGAUGUGGAUGUUGAGAAUUUUGUUCGUUUUCGGCAGCAAGCUGGAGAAGCUCUGGAAUAUACUAGUAUCCUCCAUCUUUUCAAUGUGAAUUUCACAGAUGAAGGAAAAUACCAGUGUAUUGUUACUAAUCACUUUGGUUCGAAUUAUUCUCAGAAAGCCAAGCUGACUGUAAAUGAGUUACCAUCUUUUCUGAAAACUCCAAUGGACCUAACUAUUCGCACUGGUGCCAUGGCCAGGUUAGAAUGUGCAGCAGAGGGACACCCUGCACCUCAGAUUUCCUGGCAGAAAGAUGGUGGUACUGACUUUCCUGCGGCCCGAGAAAGACGCAUGCAUGUGAUGCCUGAGGACGACGUCUUCUUCAUUGCCAACGUGAAGCUAGAAGACAUGGGAAUCUACAGCUGCAUGGCCCAAAAUACAGCAGGAGGCCUUUCAGCAAAUGCCUCGCUAACAGUGUUAGAGACACCCUCUUUUAUUCGCCCUCUGGAGGACAAGACAGUAACUCGAGGUGAAACAGCGGUGUUACAGUGCAUAGCCGGAGGGAGUCCUGCCCCUCGCCUCAAUUGGACUAAAGAUGAUGGGCCUCUGCUAGUGACAGAACGGCACUUCUUUGCUGCUGCCAAUCAGCUUCUCAUCAUUGUAGAUGCUGGGCUAGAAGAUGCUGGGAAAUACACCUGCAUUAUGUCUAACACCCUUGGGACUGAACGUGGCCAUAUAUACCUAAAUGUCAUUUCAUCCCUCAAUUGUGACUCUUCUCAGGGUAGCAUUGGGCAUGAAGAUGAUGGCUGGACCACAGUUGGCAUUGUCAUCAUUGUUGUAGUCUGCUGUGUUGUGGGCACCUCUUUGAUCUGGGUCAUUGUUAUUUACCACAUGAGAAGGAAAAAUGAAGACUAUAGUAUCACAAACACAGAGGAGCUCAAUCUGCCCGCAGACAUUCCCAGUUACUUGUCUUCCCAAGGAACUCUGUCAGAACCACAGGAAGGCUACAGCAACUCUGAGGCAGGCAGCCACCAGCAACUGAUGCCUCCUGCCAGUGGAUAUGGACACAAAGGCCCUGACAGUGGCACUGCUACCCGGGUGAUCUGCUCAGAUUGUUACGACAAUGCCAAUGUCUACUCCAGGACCCGAGAAUACUGUCCUUACACCUAUAUCGCUGAGGAGGAUGUUCUAGAUCAGACCCUCUCCAGCCUCGUGGUCCAGUUACCCAAAGAGACAUUUGUGUCACAUCCACCUCAAGAAGCCAGUGUCCUGGAGAGCCUGAUAUCAUCAGCAGACAGAGAGCAGUCUCCUUUUCCCAGCUGCCAUGAAAGAGUGAGUGAGAAGAAACUUCCCUCCACACAGAUGAGCAGUGAAACAUUGCAGCGGCCUCUGUGGAACAUGGACAGAGAGCGAGGCCUGCCUCCCUCCUCCCAGCAGCUGGUCCUUGAGUCACCACAGCUUCCUCAGAAUGAGGGCCUGCCAGAAAGGGAUCCAAACGGUUCCUCCCCCGUGUCCUGCCACAGGUUACAUGACCACAACUUUGACUUUAGUAGGACUCAGAACAUUCAAGAUGGUAGUGAGGGCACAUGAAACCCUCUCCCACAUGAAAUCUGGGCAGAGACUCAAGUUCAUUAAUUUUGUAUUUACUACCUCAGAGUUCAGAAGAAACCCCAAAGUCAGCAUUUGCUUUGCUCUUUGUUUCUGAUCACAUCUAACUGCACCAAGGUAGGCCUGCAUUUGUUUGGGCUUGUCCCUGAUGAAGAAAGGGUGACGGCGGACAGAAAUGGGAGCAUCAAAUUGAAAAUAUGAGGCACUGACAGAGGAAGUUAUGGGACCAGUAUAUAGAUGCCUCCUGAUGAUGCCACGGAGAUGUGCCAGGUGUGCAUUGCCUGUCAGGAAGUCUCUGGUACUUAGCCUGCCAGAUCAUCCCAGUCCUCAGAGUGAUCCUGUGAUGUUCUGCUUUGCCUUCUGAGGAGCAAAGAUAACUUUGGAGCCAUCUGGGAAGUAUGUGUGGAUUCUACCGUUGUUUUAAGCAGAUAGACUGGGGCUUUGAUAUUCUAGGUCAGCAGUAAGAAUCCCAGGUUUGACUAACUGCUACCAGGUCAAGAGUUUGCAUUCUUGUGAAUUAUUUUUUUUCCCUAUUACCCAGGGAUGUCAUUGUAAAUAUAUGUGCAUUUAUAAAUAAUUUUUUAAUUCAUUGGCCAUGUGUGUUGGCAGCAAUGUACAUAUUUUUGAUAUGUUAAAAUUAUAUAUAAUGUCUAUCCAGUUAUUAUAUUGACAGCUUUUCAGAUCACAGGUUUUGUAACAUUUAGUUUAGUGAGUGCUAAAAACUUUGUUUGAAAUUCUAGAAAUCUACUUGUUAAGAAGUAUGUCUAUAGUGGCAGGGUACUUAGUGAUUGCGUACACACAAACACAAGCUUAGUGUAAUUAACUGCUUCUUUCAUGGCUAAAGGUUCAUACAUCUAAUCACUUGCCAUCUGUUUACAAGUGCCAGGUGAUAUUCCCUUUCUAGCAUGAAAGUCUUGCUCUUUCAGAGUCUGGCAGCUUUGUCACAGCUGUGGGAAUACAGAAGACUUGUUUUGGGACUAUAUUCUUUCAGCAAAGUACUUAGUUGACAAGGAAACCAAAGAUUACUUCUUUUCUGUGUUUGGUUUGUUUUUGGUCUACUUGUUACUAAUGCACAAUAUAUCUUAAGAAAGGAAGCGUAUUCUUGGGAAUAUAGGAACAUACAAAAAUUUCUAUACUGUAAAACUUUGGAGUGAUCCUUGUUUUGUACAAGUGAUUGCUUAAGCCAAAAAGUUUUCUUGAAUUUCUGGUAGCAAAGAGCUUUAUGUAAACAAAGAACUUAACACCAAUGAAAUGUAAUGGAUUUAAGUUCUUUCUUUUCGCUUUCAGAUUUCCUUACACAGGCUGUUUAGUUCUAUCCUUUAAAUCUAACAUUAGUUACUUACUAGAUUACUUUAGUCCCUUAAAUAAAAACAUCUAUUUAUCUGGGCAUCAGUAGCUCAUACCUGUUAUCCUAGCUGCUCAAGAGGCAUAGGAGGAUCGAAGUUUGAGACCAGCCUGGGCAAAUAGUUCAUGAGACCCUAUCUCAGAAA